GUUGAGUGCACUCGACGCACCUGCUGCAACUGGCUAGCUUUCUUACAUUAGUGCUCACUGUUACGAGGCCUCUUACUGCCUAGAGGCAUUCUAUAAAGCUGGUCAACGUGCCUAAGAUCUAGACUUCAAGUAGCUCGCAGGGCGACCGAAGAAUACCGUGCAUCCCUCAUCCUUGAAGUAGGUGCCUCUGAUCUUCCCGGCCAUGGUAAGCAGCUUUCGCGUUGUCUUUUGACUGAUAAGGUUCGGAUGUGCUCACGCCGUUAUUGGUAGACUCGAAAAUCGAAUGAACUGAGCGCAUGCUCAGUCCCUUCUGUCGCACGGCCUCCCUAAGUUACUGCUUACAUAGCUCCCACACCACGGAGACGUCCGAACCGAACAGAACAUCAAGACUUCUCCCGUCCUGAAACAAGACAUUAUACAUCCAAAGCAAAGCAAAGUCAAAUAUAACCAUCACUAUGGCCAUUGCACCCAUUCCAUGGACACCUCCACAGCGACCUGACCCUGAAGCGUUGAAGGAUCCUCCUCCUUUCGAGCCUAUCCCCCUCGUUCACCUUCGUUCGGGGAAAAUCCGUUCCGUCUUCAACAAAGCCGGCAUGACCUCCGCCAUUCACAAAUCCCCUCUCGCUUUCCCAGUAACCAUCGCUGUAUCUGGGAUCGUUGGUGAUGAGCACGCCUAUCUGCCCCAUCGCGACCCGGACAAAGCCAUUCACCACUACUCGUCGGCGCACUAUUAUCAAUGGGCCGCUGAGAUCCCUGAGAGCGCACACAUCUUCAGACCAGGAGCUUUUGGCGAGAAUCUGUUCAGUGACGAGCUAGACGAAACCAAGCUAUGCAUAGGAGACAAGGUUCGGAUGGGCGGUGUGCUACUGGAGGUCAGCGAGCCACGAGCGCCUUGUUACAAGCUCAAUCAUCGGUUCCAGGUCAAGAACAUGGCCAACAGGGUGCAGACUUUGCUGCGAAGUGGAUGGUUGUAUCGCGUGCUGCAGCCGGGAGUUGUGGAAGAGGGCGCGAUGAUUGAGCUAGUGGAGAGGGUGCAUCCUGAGUGGUCUGUCGCUCGCGUCGCGUAUUACCUGUUCCUCGAGAGGGAUAAUAAAGAGAUGAACAAGGAGAUUGCGGCGCUGGCUGAAUUGGGCCAUGACAUAAAGGACAGGUUCAAGCUUAGGUUGGAGAAAAAUAAGCUUGAGGACGAGGCUGGGAGGCUGUUCGGAGGGGAAGAAGAGAAGAUGGACACUUGGAAUGAGUAUCGACUGGUCGAAAAGAGAAGGGAAACAGGCGCCAUCACAGCCUUCGUCUUCGAAGCGGUGGAAGCCACGGCGGAACAGGACAUCAAACCUGUGGAGCCAGGUAGCCAUGUUCGCGUCAAACUAGGAGGAAAGCUGGUCAGAGCGUAUUCAGUCGUGGGUGGGACAACCAAGCGUUUUGAGCUGGGCAUUGCGCUCGAGGCCGAGAGUCGAGGCGGUUCGAAGUACAUGCACACUGAGGCCAAGAUCGACGACAUCCUCACCUUCAGCCGCAUUACAUGUUCAUUUCCUCUUGCCAAAGAUGCAGACAAACAUAUCAUCAUAGCCGGAGGCAUUGGCAUCACGGCUUUCCUGGCUGCGGCCGAGUUCUUUCGGGCCACCAAACAAAAGUACGAACUGCAUUUUGCAGUUUCUUCCGAGGUCCCUUUCGCUGCACAGAUCGAAGCGCUCGGCAGUAGUGCGAAGGUUUACAACAAGUCUCUGGGCCAGCGUCUGGAUCUGGGGAAGGUCAUUGCUGGAGCAGACCCGACGGCACAUAUCUACUCUUGUGGCCCACAACGACUCAUGGAUGCAGUUGCCUCUGUCGCUAAAGAGCAUGGCAUGCCCGAUCGCUCCGUUCAUUUCGAGCAGUUCGUUGUAGCAACAUCCGGUGACCCCUUCACAGCCGAGCUUAAGCAAAGCGGAAAGACGCUGGAGGUUGGACCCACCCAAUCCCUUCUGGACGUCCUGCGAACAGUCGGGAUGGACAUUGACUCUUCUUGUGAGGUUGGGAACUGUGGGACUUGCAGGGUGGAUGUAUGCUCCGGGCGCGUAGAGCAUCGUGGAACAGGUUUGGCAGACGACGAGAAGAAGGAGAGCAUGCUGAGCUGCGUCAGUCGGGGGAUUGGCCGGAUCAUCCUGGACCUCUGAGUAGUGCGGAAAACAUCACCGGCGCUUCUUGUUCAAUAUCCAGAUUCAAUGAAAUUUGCUGUAGCAAGCUGGUAUCAUACAGCCGCCCGCUCCAACGCGGGACUAUGCUCCCAAUCCCAAACGCCAUCCCAUGCCCUAAAGUAUGCUCGCUCAACUGCCACCCAUCUUCAAUCCUCCACCUCUCUCUCGCCUUCAAAUAGUCACAUUCUA